AUGGCUCAAGACUCAACAGAUAUUAGAGAAACCAUUGGAGCUCUUGACGAUUAUGUUCUUCUGGGACGUAGUGGUCUGAGAAUUUCCCCUCUAUGCCUUGGCGCAUUGACUUUUGGCGAAAAAUUUGUAAGAUUUUCUUUACAUGUGUGUUCUAUUAAUAUGAAAGUCAUGUGCGCAAACAUUUCAUUUUGUUUCAUACAUUGA